CGGACUUAAGAACGGUGAUGUCAGUGUCGCUCGUUAUUCUAGUUACGAGUCGUUCACUGUUUCAUUUGAACGUACGUAUCAACGAAAUCGACAUGUUAACGCUGCUCUACCCCAACGGAAUUGCCAACAAUUUUAAUUAGUUCACAGUGAAUCCAGAGUGGAAUGCAGAUAGUUGAGCGAGUGCGCUAAAUAUAUGGCAGAUGUGUUUAAUAAACAUAGAGGAUCGCGCGUGGAUGGCGGUGUUUAAAUCACGACUACGCAACAGCACGCAAGUCUGAGAGUGAGAGUGAAUUUUCCCCUGAUUUCAUCUCACCGUAUUGCAAUCACACAUGGUAAUUGGAGGAAAUGUGACGACUUAUGCUCACCUCGUCGCGACGGCAGAGAAACGAUACGAUUAGACGCAGAAUGUCAAGUCCGAACCGGUUCAAUAUUUUUGGCAGACUAUCGGGACGCCCUACGAGCCUGCAGGAGAAUCCUAGUCCGGAUGAAAAUAAAAGGCCUCAAUCUGUCGUCGUCAAUUUCAAGGAGAACGAAGAUAUCAGAGAUGCAGAAUCCUGCCACAGUAGCAUAUCUUCCGAAGAUAGUGCGGAUCUAGGAGUGUUUGCCUGUGCAAGACAGCGUCCCAAGUCGCAACAGCUGUGGGAAAAAGAGGAUAUAAUUUUGGCAUUGUCUGCUCUGCCGGCAGGAGAGGCGGCACUGGCACUGAUUCCUUCGCUCCACGGAGAUGAUCUGACGACGGCAUUGCGAGAAAGUCAAAAUCUCAAUGUUGGAGAUACCAGUAUAAGGGGGCACAGGCUAUCGACUCCUAGUUUUGUUAAUCGGUACAUAAGGAAAGCGUCACUGGCUGCAGAAAACGACGCAGCUGCAGCGGCAGCUCCUGGUGAGCUGAUUUCCAAAUGGCCAAACACUUGUCUGCUUGUAUCCUGUUUCUUUGGAAAGUUAGAGCUGGUGAAGUACCUGUUGCAGAGAGGGGCACGUGUUGACGCUUGCGAUGGUGACGGCAGAACGCCCCUGCACUUGGGUGCAUGUUCAGGUUCGGUUGAAAUAAUCGAGGAGUUGUUGAAACAUAAUGGCAACCCGGAAGAGUGGGAUGUGAACAGAAAGUGCACUCCGCUACACUGUGCAGCAGCAGCUGGGGAUGUCAAGUCUGUCAAGCUGCUGCUGAAAUCUGGUGCCAAUGUGGAUGCCGGUCUGUCAGGGAACAGCAUGGACCAUGAGAAAACUCCGCUGCACUAUGCAGUCCUAAAUGACGCCAGCGAUUGCGUAGAAGAGCUACUGAGGGCGGGUGCUUCUCCAAAUAAUUCAGUGGUUUACACGGAAACGCCGUUGCACGUUGCGGCCAGUUUAGGCUCAGCACGUUGCGUAAGUCUUUUGUUGAAUUACGGUGCAGACGUAAGGGUACAAUUUGGAAGUGCAAGAUCGACGCCGUUACACUUAGCUGCGGAAGAAGGUAGCGCAGAUUGCACGAAGUUACUAUUGGAAGCAGGAGCACCGUCGGAUGCACGGAAUGCCAGAGGUCAGUCAGCAAUGCACUUGGCAGCGUUGGCCCAGUCUGCUGAAACGGUGGAUCUCCUGAUUAAAGCCGGCAGUAGCGUUAAUAUGGAAGAUAGCGACGGUAGAACACCACUGCACGCCGCCGUCGCCAAAGCUAUGAGGGGUGGAGAAUUGGUGAAAGCGUUAAUCCAGGCAGGGGCUCUGGUGAACAAGCCCGACAAGUACGGAUAUACACCGCUGCAUACAGCUGCUUUGAACGAAAAUUCGUCACUGGUCACACUGCUGCUGACCAAAGGUGCGGAUGUUACGGCGCGCACGAAGGGAGGAAUUUCGGCACUGUGUUUCAUCGUGCGUAGAACCCCCAACGUAUUGCCAAAAUACGUGGGGCGACUCGAUCAGGCUAUUUCUUUGCAUGACCAUGAACUGGGCGAUGUAGACUGCGAGUUGAAGCUGGAUUUUAGACCCCUGAUGACCGGUGGUCGAGGCGAGGCAGAGUUAUUUCUUUGUUUGAUCGAAGCUGGCCAGAGACAUAUUUUGAAACAUCCGCUAUGCGAAACCUUCUUGCACUUGAAGUGGUUGCGUAUCAGGAAAUUCUUUGUGUUUAGCCUAAUUUUUCACUCUCUGUUCGCGAUUAUACUCAGUAUUUACAUUUUCUUAACAUUCUAUAUGGAAUGGUACAAGUGGAGUAAAUUUCUUUACUGGCCUGUACUUGGGUUCACAUGUACGCUAGCGUGUAAAGAACUUUUUCAAGUAGCUCAUGGCAUAACAGGUUACGCAAAACGCUGGGAAAAUUGGCUGCAGUGGAGCGUCAUUAUUAUUUCUGCGAUAGUUUUAAUCUGGCAGGGCACAACCUGGUCCCUACAUGCCGCGGCAAUAGGUGUUACAUUAGUCUGGGUUGAGCUCAUGAUAGUCGUUGGCCGAUUUCCAAUGUUUGGCCUUUACAUACAAAUGUUCACACAAGUCGCGGUAAACUUUUUUAAAUUCCUUGGUGCCUAUUCAUGUUUAAUAAUCGGUUUUUCAUUAGGUUUCACAGUGAUUCAUAAGGACUACAAGUCAUUCGCAAAUCCAGGGGUGGGAUUGAUAAAAACAAUUGUAAUGAUGUCGGGAGAGUUGGAAUUUGAAGACAUGUUCUGGAAUGCCACGGAUAUCUCAAUCGCGCGUGGCGCUACUAUGCACCUCAUGUUCUUAGUUUUCGUUAUAUUGGUCACUGUGAUUUUGACAAAUUUACUGGUAGGUCUUGCCGUUUCCGACAUACAAGAGCUGCAGCGCUGUGCCGGCUUAGAGAGAUUGAUUAGAAGAGCCGAGCUGGUGGCACACUUGGAAAGUUUGUUGUUCUCAAAACUCUUGGAUUACACUUCUAUAAAAAUAGUAAGGAUAUUUCGUAAAGGAGCCUUACUGUUGCACCCCCCGCAUCACUGUGGUGUAAACAUUCGCCCCAAUGAUCCAAGAGAUAAAUGUCUUCCAAGAGACUUGGCGAAAGCUGUGUAUCACUUGGUUGCAAAGAAAAAACUUCGCAACAGAGUACCCAGAUACCCGUCAAAUCAAAGUUUGAUUAGUACGAGUGCCGGAGACAUAAGAAUGAGCAAAAUUCAGAGAUUUCCCUCGACUAGUGAAUACAGCAGACAGCAGGUUACUGAAUUAGUUGCUGACCUGAAGAAAUGCUCGGGUAAAUUAGGAACGCAAUUAGACGUGUUGACAAAAAGAAUUGAACUCAUCGCCCAAGAAAUGGAUCAAAACGGAAGCAAUGAGGACGCGUCUUACGUAUCGUUUCCUCAAGGGAAUUUUGCAAGUUUUAUGGACUUCUUAGAAAGCAUACCUGAUUACGGAGACGUCAAUCAUUUGUCCAAUGAGCAAUUCAAACAGAAAUUGGAUUAUUUGAAACGAAAGCAACGCACGCUACUCAAGAAUCUGAAGAACUGUCUUGAAGAAAACGAUGGAAAAAUUGUGGGUCACCCCAAGAACAUUUCAGACUUGGAAUGUAAGAAGAUCAGACAGUGGUGCACGGACUACAACAAUUUGAGUUUGCAGGGGAUGAAAUGCAGUUUUGAAGAAUCAAGGACGGAGAGUCCGUUACCAUUUCCAUCUGAAAAAUUUGCUGGCCUCGCUGAAGAUCAAGACCUCUUGACUUAUCGCUGUAAAGAUAAAGAUGCAAAGACUUUGCGCAACAGGGAAAUUCACUCGGCGACCAAAAGCUGGAGUACUUGGAGCCAAUCGAAAAGUAGAGAAAGCGUAGAGAGUGACGCGGGUGAUAGUAUGGAAACAAAAAGCCUUCCUCCGGAUAGUCCAAAAAAGUGGCACCCGACUGUGCCCAAGCCUUUCAAUUUCACCAUCAGAGAGGAAGCAGAAAAAUACAUGUCGGCAGUUGAACUGCAGGCCGAAGAGAGAGAGACAAAGAACGUAGCUGGCAAACGGAAUCCUCUAACCAAGCGUCAUGCCAGGCCUGUUCCUCUAACUUCAAAACUUCCGAUGUACGACAAGUUACUUGCUGAGAAGGAAGAAAGAAGUCGAAUGGUACGGGAAGAAAGUGCCUGGAGUCUCAUGUCACAGGUUCGGCCAUUCAGAUUGGAAUGCGCUCGGAGAGCUCUGACUCGCUCAAGUCCGCAAUUAUGCCGAAACAGUUCCUUGACCAACGGUUCACGCUUGGCUCAGAGAUUUCGCGCAAGACCUGUGCCGAAAAAUUUAUUCAGUACCAAUGUUUAUGACCGAAUGAUAGAAGAUGACCUUUACAGAUCUUUAAGAAAAAAAGUUCGGGCCUCGGAGUUGUUGAAAUCAUCUUCGUUACCUCCAUCGAUGGCUGCUCGGGAGCGGAUGAGGUCUGUGAACGGAGAGUUUGUUAGUCUAUCACGGGAGUUGGGCAUCGAACGAGUAUGCGGAGGAAGGGAAUCUACAGGAGCCAGUGUUACACCUUUGCCUUCUGAGAGGUCUAGAUCAGCUAUGACCAGCACCAGCUUAUCCACGAAGGGUACCAACUUAGCGGCAGUGUUGAGAUGUCAAGCUUCCAGAGAGAAAAUGGAACGUGAAAUUCAAGAACGAAUGGAAGAAAGACGUCGAGAACAAUUUUUGAAGAGCAGAGAGUCCGUCGUGCGGCGCAGGCCCGCCUGGCGAGCCUUGAGAGCUGCUGCGAGGCAUGAACAUGAACAAGAUUUGGCUCUGAGGGCUUCCCUGCGCCGGGACGAGGCACGAGAACUAGCCGAACGCCAUCGUCUCCACAUGGAAAUGAUGCUUGGUCGAGUGACGCAAAUCCCAACGUUGUUUGAACGACACUCGCAGAUGGAAGAAUACUUUCAGAAUUUUCAAACAUCACCGCUUCGCCGUGCAUCAGUAGGUACCAGUAACAAAUCUAAGAAGAAAAGAACCAAACGACCUAACUCGGGAAGCGUUGAAUCUUAUUCCAGCAGUAGGAGUAGUUCAAGACCAAAUUCCGGUUCAGUCGCUAGCUCAGGAACAUCGGUAUCCAUCAGCAAUUCUUCAAAAUCAUCGGACUCAAGGAAAUCCGUGAAAUCAUCCGGGUUGUCAAAGAAAAAAGGCGACAGAGGUCCUUUGAAGGUUUCCAUAAAUGAAACUGCGCAACUCAUCGAGGAUAACGACGACAAGUAUGAGAGGUAUUCGAGCGAUUCAAUUCCAAGCGACGAGAAUAACGCGAGCGCGUCCGAAAGUGAAGAAAAUAAUGAUAGCGUCGAGCGGUUCAAGACUAAAUAGACCUAAAUAUUUACCAAAAGUUUGAGAGUAUAUUCUCCACAGGUGAAGUAAACGUAUAAGAAUAAUCGCUAUGAUCAAUCGAGGAGAACUAUGGCUUAGUCGGUCUUUAAUUUGUGUACGGACAAUGUGUCUCGUUCAAACUGUGCGGGCGAGCCAAUUGCUAAUAGGGUUCUGUGCAAUUUAGUUUAACGUAGAUAUAGAACAUAUCCGAGUUCUGCCAAAAUAUUGAAUAUCGUAGACAUUCAUCAAGACAUUUUACAUGAUUUUGCACACGGAUAAUAUGCUUUUAUACUCUUGAAAGCACCGUCGUUACACUUUAGCGCAACUUUAACAAGCAUUUCAAUUACGCACUUAUUAUAGGUACAAUUCAAUUGUGCAACAGUGUCUCAACAACCGUAGAAGAACCAAGUGUCUUUGCUGAUAAAAUCUUAUGAAAUUUUGUAAUCUCUUGAAUUGAAUAAAUUAUACAUAGCACACUUGCGAACGGCUAAUAUUUCUAAUUUUAAAGAUGAAAAUUGGAAAAUCUUUGAAUGCGAUUAAAGACUUUCAGCUCACGUGUUCUUACCGCAGAUAAUUGAUAGGCGUUUACUUUGACGGUUUAAACACUGACAGUUGUAAAGUAUUGUUUUAUUAAUAUAGCGAUAAAGUAAACAAAUUAAUUAGGUUAACUGAUUAUAAAGGAUUACCUCGUAGCGAAGUGCAAUUCUUGAUGCGCGUUCGCA